CUUUUGAUAUAAUAGAUGAAAACGCCCCCAAUAUUCAGCAGUGUAGCAUUCAGCAACCUAACACUGAUUCUACGAAAAUGACGCUCCUAUCUCAUAUUACUAUCCUGCAGAUACGCCGUUUUAUUCUUUUAUCACAUUCUUCAUCAACGAAAAUACUGUGUCCAAAUAGUAAUUUUCCCAGCAGGAUCAAUCGCGUCAAAUUGGGGGCAUUCUUGGCAACAUUUUCAUCCUCGAUCUGUUCCAGCUCCACGGCAAUAAAUACGGCUCAUUUCCGAAUGAAUCGGCCGCAGAGUCACAGAGAGGAGUAAAUAAAUACUCACGAAAGAAAGAGUUCAGAGAAAAAAAAAAGUUGAAACGAAAGCGAAACAGUAGCUCUCUCGCCGAGACGACGCCGCUGUCUCCAGAAGCUACGAGCAUCUAGAGCGGCAAUGGAUCGGGUCGAGGAAAAGGAGGGGAACCGAUUCCAAGAACCAGCAUCGGAUCGGUGCGAAGACAACGAAGAUAAGGAGCAGGACAACUCUGAAGAAUCAUCGUCGGUGGACCAGCGCAAGGAGGAGGAAGAAGAAGAAAAGGAGGGCUGUGAGGAGGCCACGCCAGCGGCAGCGGCGGCGGCGGCGGCGCCGUCAUUCUUCGCGCACCCUUGCUCGCUGCUGCAGUACAUAGCCCGGGUCUGCGCCUGCUGCCUCGGCCUCAGCGAUUCUUUCUGCGACCCAAAGGCAAGCUCUGUUCUUGUCCCUGAACCUGAACCUGCAGCUGCCGACCCGUCUCAAGAAGGAGAAGAGGACAUGAAGAGCAGUUAUUUCUACAUGCAGGAGGCGACCACUCGGGUGCGGGCAGCGCGGCUAAGGCCGAAGCCGCCGGGCAAUCCGAGAGAAGGGAGCGGCGGCAAUGGAGGACACCAUCACUAGGCAGCCUGCUUCGAUCGUCGUCUUCAGUCUUCAGUUGAGCUGUGUCUACUUGUUCUAAGCGGCGUGCUUGUAUAAAAAUGUGGCCGAACAAGUUCUACUAGUUUACGUGGACUUUUGAGGAUCUGAACUUUCAGUGAAAACUUGUUCGAGUGUUUAAUUAAGUCUUUUCUGUAUAUCUUAUGUGUUCAUCUUGCCAGUUAACUAGUGUUCAGUCUGUGUCUCAUCUCUCAACUUUCAACUCUCAAGUAUAUUGCUAAUGGGUGAUGCUAAGUUGUUCACGGAA